GAUUUGCAAGUCGCGUGAAACUGGAAUGAGUGAGUGUGUUGUGGAAUUUUCAGUGGAAUUCGAUGCUGUUUACUAAGGCAAUGAUUAUCUGUGAAACGUGAGCUUAGCAACGCUUAUUAUUCCAUAAGCGAUGCAGGUUGUGAAUCAGUGCAAAUGAAUAAAAUUUGGAAAGAAUAUUUCGAGUGGACGUUAAGAUGACAGCUGUAAAUAUAAUCUAGAAUCAUCUACUUGGAGGAAUUCGUUGGCUGGUUGAAGCUGCUUGACCUUUACGUUACCACAUUUUGGAGUUCUGUAUAAAUCAUGGGGCGGUACACGGGCAAGAAGUGCAGACUUAUUUCCAUGUUCUGGCUUACUACGUUCUUCUUCUUGGUGGAGAUUGUUGUUGGUUACGUGACGAAUUCAAUGGCCUUGGUUGCUGACAGUUUUCACAUGUUGAGUGAUGUAGCUGCUCUAGUCGUCGCCUUUCUUUCUGUUAAGAUGUCGCCAAAGAAGUGGUCCAAAAACACAUUUGGAUGGGCCAGAGCUGAGGUAUUAGGAGCUUUAGUAAAUGCAGUUUUUCUUGUUGCACUGUGCUUCUCAAUUACUGUGGAAGCUUGCAAAAGGUUCAUAGAGGUCGAGGAGAUCCAUGAGCCGAAGCUGAUAGUGAUAGUAGGAACUCUUGGACUGGUAGUCAAUAUUAUUGGGUUGUUCCUGUUCCAUGAACAUGGACAUGGACAUGGUCAUUCACAUGGUGGACUCUCACGAAGUCAUACCAGGUUGUCACAGCUGGUCUCAACUGAUGAUAAUGAGAAUGAUGAGACAUUUCAACCACCACAAGAAACAUUUGACCCUUCAGAGAAAGGGCGACAUCACCACGAAAAAAGAUCAUCGGCAUCACAGAUGAACAUGCGUGGUGUUUUUCUUCAUGUUCUUGCAGAUGCUCUUGGCUCAGUGAUUGUCAUUGCAUCAGCUUCUGUUGUUUACCUGACAUCCUGGAGUUACAAAUUUUAUUUGGAUCCAGCACUUAGUUUACUUCUGGUGGUACUAAUCCUGCGAUCAGUGUGGCCUCUUCUCCAGGAAUCUGCUCUGAUUUUACUGCAGACAGUGCCAACACACAUCCAGGUGGAUGCUAUCCAACGAAGACUACUUGAUAAGGUGGAUGGUGUACUUGCGGUUCAUGAGUUCCAUGUUUGGCAACUUGCUGGUGAUCGCAUAAUUGCUUCAGCACAUAUCAGGUGUAGAAAUCUUUCAGAAUAUAUGAAGAUAGCUGAAAAAGUGAAGGAAUUCUUUCAUAAUGAAGGCAUCCAUUCAACAACUAUUCAGCCAGAAUUUAUAGAAAUCAAUGAUUUUACACACGACACAGUCCAGCCAGCACCAACUGAAGAUUGUGUGUUGGACUGUCCCAAGACAGAUAAGCCAUGUGCAUUAUCCACUUGCUGUGGGCCAUCGAAACAUGGACGAGAGACGCCAUCCCCGGGUGACACGCCUUACUUGUGCCGGCAGCGCAGUAGUGCAGCUAGUUUGGGUGCAAGGCAGCAAGAGCUGAGCGAGAUGGAGAGCGGUAGGCUGCUGGGCGGCGUACCGGUCACAGCUCCCGGGCUGCCAUCACCUUCCCCUCAGGGUGCUGCAGUGGUGCCCCUGACUGGAGUACAGCCUGGCCAAGAGUCUCGUGUCUGACAGUGGCCACAGGCACCCUCUUGCUGAGAGGGGGCUACAGGAGCCAGAGUGAUGCACGUGCUUCCUGCGACUCGAGAUAUUUAUUACUGUUCAUUGGCUCACUUCUAGGCAACUGCAGGUUAGAGAGCACCUUGUAUGCAUAAGUUGCCGUCUUUCUGUGUGGUUAAUCAGGUUGCCAUCAUUCCUCCCACCAGCAUUUUCAAAGUGCCUGAACAUCUGGUAUUUGCAAUUGGGUUUUGUGUACAGCCUCACAAAUAGUGUACUCUGUUACAGAAUCUGCUUAUAUAAGCUUAUUGCCUCAUUGUGUAAUAUAUCUGUGUGUGUGUGUGUGUGUGUGUGUGUGUGUGUGUGUGUGUGUGUGUGUACCAGCACAUUCAUGUCUUUACAUGUACACACAGUAUGCAUGAAAUGUUCUUGUAAGACAAUGGGCACGCACAGUGAUGCAAAAUAUUUCUUACUGAGGUCUAUCUUGUGUGCAAAAAUGUGUGAUGAGCACCAUUUGGUAAUCCUCAAGACAUCACUAACUUACUGCCAUUCCAGUAAUAAAAUGAUCCGCAGUAAAACUGUUAAAGCACGAACUAAUUUGUUUUUUAAGUAGUGGAAAUCUGUGAAUAUUGAACACUGAACAGUAUUAGUGGCUGAAUUUUUUUUCUGUUGCUAGCAUGAAAAGAAUUAUGGUUCGUUUCUCGUAAUUUUCCUGUUGUUGAUCUUUUAUAAAUAGCCUAAUAAAAUGCUACCAGAGAUAAUGACACAAUCAGAAAAGUAUUUCCACUUUGGAAAAUCUAUUACGAUGAUCUGCUUUUAUAAAAAAAAUUGAUUUUUGUUGUUACAUAAUCACAGGAAAAACAAAUUUAGAAGCUGUCUACAUAAUAUAGUUUGCAGUUAAUUUCUGUUUUCACUGGUAGCUAUUACGGUCAGAACAUAGUUACCAAGUAGCUGAAGUGACAUUGUGUGUACACACAUAUAGUUUGAAAGCAUGGUGCGGAAAUACUGUUGAGUCAAAUAGGAAAAAAAUGAGGGAUUCCACAGCACGCAUUGAUAUUUGCAUUCAAAAAUGAUUGUUUAUAAUAAAGCUGAGUAUUAGCUCCACAAUCUUCUUAACGUUGUUUAGCGAGGCUGCCUGUGUGAAAGAUCCCAGACAAAUGUUUCUCUUAUAUUGCAUGCCAGUUUCACUCCCAUCAUUUAUCAGUGGAACAGCAUCUUAUUUUCUUUCCAUCUAAUGUAAGGAAUAAAGAGAGGGCCUGAAUGAUUGCUUAUGGCUUCCUAGAGCAGUGUUAUGCAGUAGCAUAUUUACUUGUGAAGAAGCUUACUUGUGAAAAAGCUGAAAUCAGUAAGGAAAAAUAAAAUGAUGAUGCAGAACGUGGAUAAUUUCGUGAUAUGAUUUUUGUUUUUACUGGAAUAAUUUGAGAAGAUGAAUGUUGUAACAAUAUAUGAAAAAGCAGGUCAAAAGCAUUCAUGUAGUCAUAAUGCUCUCCUUAAGUCUCAGGACAGAAGUGGCUAUCAGGAGUUUUUGUUGAAAUAUUGUGGCAUGCCAUAUCAUGAGUAGUGAACCACUGCUAGGCAGUUCUCUGUGAAACAGAAUUCUGUUUGAGAAGUGUGAGUCACUUGCAGUUGUCUUCAUUAGAUGUUAACAAAUAUGUGCACAGUAAUGAAAGACAGAGCUAAAGCCAUCUGUUCAGCAUUUAAUGUCCUAUCACUAAUAACCAGAAGCUUUGAAAGUUUUUAAAUCUCUGUUGCUCAUAUUGUACUUGUAUGUCAAGCACAAUAAUGUUGGUCCAAAAAAAGUCAUCUAUAAGAACUUUUUGAUGCAAAGUACUCACACUGACUUUUUAAAUUAUUAUUAUAUUCUUUUGUUGUUCCUCAUUGGCUUAACUGUUAGAGUAACUUGAAAAACUUUAUCAUGUUGUACGUAACUUCAGUGUAGUUUAUGUUGUCCAACAAAGGAGUGUGUCAGAUUUAUUGUGAAACACUCAGAAAGAGAGAACAGCAUUAAGGAAUACUUUCAACACAUACUGCUUCACUAUAGUGACAUUAACAUCCUUGUAAAUAGGAGAUGCAAUGCUCUAUCCUGUAGUGAAAGAACAUGUGAACAGUUUUGCUUACAUGCCUUGAUUAUUGUAAGAAAAAUAUUUGAAUGUACUGCAUUGUCUAUGCUACUGAGAGUUUGUUGGGAAUUAGUGUUUUUAGAGGGGUUUGGGAGGGGGUGGAGGAUUUUCUUGCUACAAAGGAAUGGAGGAAAUGAACAGCAGCAUUACUGCAGUAGUACUGUUGUCAUAAAGAUUUCAGUGAAGUUUGAAACACAUGUUUAUUACUGAGAAGCAAAUAUUGUAGCAAAUGUGACUAUUUACUAUUUCGAGAGCAAAAGCAAAUUAGAAUGUGGGAAUUUUUAUGGUAAAGGCUUUCCAAAUUGAACUUACUGAGAAUAAAUGCAUGGUUGGCAUAAAAGUACAUUGAAUAUUGGGAUUUAUGUUGUUUGUGUGGCAUAGAUGAAGUCAGUGUAGUGCUAAAAGUGGCAUUUUUAUGGCUGUCAUUGUUAAAAUUGAUUUCAACAGACUUGUGGGAAGACAGAAAAUACUGCAACUUCCUGUUGUUUAAGGUUGCCAAUCUCACAUUGCUAUAAUUUUAUAAUUUACAUUAUUUUAUAAGUUACUACGUGCUGAUUGCUAUACCUGGUGUAGUUGAAAAACUCCUUCAAUGCUGCACUUGAAUGAGAAAGUUGUAGUGCUGAAUGCAGCACCUUAAACAAUUAAGUGGAAGUUUGAGAAAUCAGUUUAACGUGUGCCCCUGCUAUUUCUGGCUCAAGAAUAACUACAAUCAUCUGUGUCUUAAACUGAAUAACGUUUUGUUAAAUGUUUGUGAACACAAAUACGCACAGUUUUGUAGACUUACUUUGGCUUUAUGUGUUGACAUGGUUAUUAAAACUCCACUAGAAUUUAUUUGUUAAGUGUUUGUCAGGAACUUUUUCCUUCUUAACCAAGUAUAAGUAAAAAUGAAGAAACCAAUACAAAAACUAUAUAUAUACAUUGCUCUUCCAAACUGUUCGUGUUUGGUGUUUUAAGAAAUUCAUAUAUUCCCAAGCUGUUAAGUUUUUUUUUUUCUAUUUGCCUUCACACAGAAGAUAUUGUUAAUAAUUUCAUCACUGUAAAUGGAUUUUAGCAUGUGAAAAUCCUAAGGAGAAAUUGUAGCAGUUGUAUCUAAAAUGUAGAAGUGGUUAAUUUUGUGAACACCUAUGCAAGUGUUUGCAUUGAGACACCUUGGGCUGUGAUUUAUUAUUACAUAUAAUGUAAUAUGCUGUGGGUCAGUUUGAAAAUUCAGUUACUUGCAGAUGUCCAUGUAGUCUUAUAAAGAUAUUUUUGAAUAAACUUUUUUAUCCUGAUAUUAAAUCCCUCUGCAAUAAGGUUGGGAUGGAUGUUCAGUAAUUGUUGAUGUUUAUAAUGUGCUCUUCAGAACAUUAAGUAUUUUAGAGUACUGUGAAAUUAUGAUAUUUGUUAACAGUGAGGUCAUAAAACUUUUCUUGUGAGCUUCACACCUAAGAAUAGUGUUCAGGUUUGUCCUAGUAAGAAAAAAUAGUUGGUUGUGUGUGUCACAAUAUUUUUUUCUUGUUUCGCAUUUGCUCCCACUUUUCUCGGAAAGACAAAGAACUUUGAAAUGAGUUCUAUGUUAGUAAAGUGUCAUGCUUGGUGGUGAUCUCUCCAUUAUGUAUUCUGACAAGAGAAGAAAUGUAUUUAUUUUAUGUUUAAUAGAUGUUACUGAUCUGACCAGAACAGAAAAGAUUACUUGAAAUAAAAACUUCAAAAUGUUCUGUUUGAA